AUGUCUAUGCCUUUGAUUAAGCUGACUUCUGGCUCUGUCCGCACAAUGCUUCUCUCUGAGCGUCACUCUGUUCCACUUCAUCGUCACUUUCAUGUCAAUGCCCGAAAUUUUCACGUUCCUAUUAUCGCGUUGUUCAAGGAGGAACUGCAACACAUGCUUGGGAACUUUUAUAACACAAUUACACGUCAGUCUUUCUCUCAAUCUUUCGAUGAUCGUUAUAUUCUCUUCUGUCUUCUUUUCUCUUCGUUUUCUUUUCUCCGUCUUUUUAUUUCUAUUUCCUUUCUUUCUUAUUUCAUAAAAAAAAAUACUCCCUUUGCCUUCAUUUGUUUUCUUCACAGACCCUUACUCUCGAUUCUUUCCGUGAUAUAUCCUCUGAUAUUUUUAAUCGAACCAUUUCUUCUUAGUCCCCAAUCUCUUCAAAUUUUAUUCGUGUCUUUCUUUCUAGCUUUUCAUCUUACUUCAAAUAACAUAUUCUUCUUCUUCUUCUUCUUCUUCUUCUUCUUCUUGCUCCUCCUCCUUCUUCUCAUCCUCCUUCUUCUUGUUCUUCUUCUUCUCAUCCUGCUCCUAUUCCUUUUUCUCCUCUUCCUUCUUCUCCACCUUCUUCUUCUUGUUCCUCCUCCUCCUCCUCCUCCUUCUUCUUCUUCUUCUUCUUCUUCUGCUGCUGCUGCUCCUACUCCUUUUUCUCCUCUUCCUUCUUCUUCACCUUCUUCUUCUCAUCCUCCUCCUACUCUUGUUCUUGUUCUCCACAUCCUUCUUCCUCCUCUUCUUCUUCUUUUACUUCUUCUUCUUCUAUUUUUCUUAUUGCCUCAAAGAAACCCACAAAAACGUCACUGGCGACUUUCUUUAACUAUGCUCCAUAUUGGGCGUUUAUUUGAAAAACCCCGAACCAUGGUUGGGGUUUUUGAAGUCAGGUUGGCUUGCGUGUCACCGUCCCAGCACGGGAGAUCAUGGCAGACCUCGGGGAGAUUUAGCUCACAGUUGUUGCUUCUUAUCUGUCACUUUUUAUCUUUUUUUUUUAUCGCUUUCCUCUUUUAUGUGCAAUUUCUCACAGAAAUUGGCUUCAACUGUAAUCGAAAAAUGACUCUACUUUCUACACACAUAAUACUCAAAACUUUCAUUCUUCUCAUUUUAUUGCUAAUUUUUCAUCAAUCUUUUCAUACGCGCUAUAAUUCUACGUUCUUGCUCAACUCCCUUGCUAUUCCCUCGUCCUCUUCUUCUUCUUCUUCUUCUUCUUCUUCUUCUUAUUUUUCUUCUUAUUAUUUGUAUUACUCCUUUUUCUUCUCCCUCUCUUUCUUCUUCCUCCCCGUAUGUCUUCUUAUUCGGCAUCCCUUCUGUUUCUUUUUUCUCCUUGUGCUUGUCAUUCUUUUUUUUCUUCUUGUUCUUCCUCCGUCUGUUCCUCGUUCUUCGUUUUCCCCUACUUCUUCUUUUCCCUGUUUUUGUUCUUCCUCCUCGUCUUUUAUACUCCCGCCUUCUCCAUUCACUCUUCCUUCUUCUUCUUUCUACACCUCCUACUUCUUUUUCUUUAAUCCUUCUUCUUCUCUUUUCUUCUCAUCCUUUUAUUUCUUUCUCACCUUCUUCUUCUUCUUCUUCUUCUUCUUCUUCUUCUUCUUCUUCUUCUUCUCUUCCUCCUCCUCCUACUUUUUAUCUAUCUAUCUAUCUAUCUAUCUAUCUAUCUAUCUAUCUAUCUAUCUCAAUUAUUUCGUAUCUAUCUAUCUGGCCACUCAGCUCACCUGUCGUUUAUACUGCAACUUUGACAAAUCGACCAUGGUGCGAUUCAUUUUAUCUAUCUAUCUAUCUAUCUAUCUAUCUAUCUAUCUAUCUAUCUAUCUAUCUAUCUAA